AAUUUCUUUAUUUGUAGCAGUUAGUGCCUUUGGUUGAAAUUUUCAGUUUACAUUUUACAGUUAUGCUGUUUAACGAAUAAGCACUGUAAACAAUUAAAUUGUAUAAGCAAUAGCUUAGAAAUUACAUAGAAUACAUUUUUUUUUAAUUAAUAGUGAGUAUCUGGAAAUUGAAUGAACUACAUAUAUUUAGUACGAAUUAAUGAAUAAGUGUGAAAAUAAUAUCACGGUUCAAUAAAAAGCGCUUCCGCUGCGUGCUAUUUCAUGUGAAAAGUGGUCUUUGUACACGAAAAAUUAAAGAAAUUUUGCUGUAAAUCUAUACUAAAAUUAACAACUGCAAUUAGACAUCGGAGUCUCUUGUGUACCACAUCUUUUGCCAUAAAGCGCGUCUGCGCAUAUCCUUUAGUGCACACCUGGUUGGCGUCUAGUCGAAUGUUUGGCGCGUGACCUCAAAUCGCCAGCAUAAACGCCACAACUUUGUUAUGCUCUUUUGAAUGUGCACAAACAAUUCUAUGCUCCAGUAUUUUGUCCACCCUUAAAUUGCUGACCAUUCGCCACCUUGUAAUGCAGAGCAGUUGAUUAUUGCUAGACUCUGAAUCGAUAUUACAUAUGUAGCUUAUCAUGCGGUAAAGUUUCUUAUGCUUGGAAUUCGGCUGGCUUCGACGCAGUGCGAUUGCCCACACCUCUUUUUGUAGCUGCUUUGUAGUUUUUUAUUAUAUAUACGAUGGCUGGUGAUAAUUUCCAGUUUUCACAUGUAGCGGUUAGUCGCAGAAGAAAAUUGUGGCCACUGACACGCUCUUAUUUUUGGCAGAGGAACUGAAUUGCUGAAGAAGGUUACUUGUCCUGGCGUUUGGCUUUGUACGCAUGGUUAUUUGGAAGUCACCAUCAAAACAUUGGGCUAUUUUUUUCGUACCGGUGCAAUGGAGCCACGUUUUCCGUUGCUGUGUCAUGACAAAUUCACUAUGGAUGGCUACUUUAAAUCUGUGGGCUCGCUAAGUGACUUGGAACGCGUUUUAACCUCUGAACAAGUGGAGAUAACGCUAUGGCAGAAUGGACGGCGUAUGGCCUACUUCUUGGGCAAACUGGCCGAUAUAAUGCAUGCGGAUACGCCCAAAUUGACGUGUGAACACAAUAUAGAUGUGCAGCUAUUGAUGAAGGCGACUCCAGCAUUUCCGGGUAUUAUUGCACCUAAAGUGGAACUAAGUGCACGAGUAGGUGUGCAGGAUCGUUUGCCGCGUUCUGAGGAGUGUAAUCGAUAUACUAAUAAAAAUGGCUCGAACAAUUUAAGUUUAUGUAAACUAGAGUUUGAAGCCGCACGUGCUCCGAAUCGUCACAGUCUACAGCCAAACUCAGCCGCUGAAACUUGCUUCAGGUAUUUGGAAGAGAGACGAUACCAAAGGCCUGUUUGUCAUACUAAAACAAGUUGUGGCAGUGGGUUUACAAAAGAAAAUUCUGCUGCUCCAUGCUUUCAUGCCACGAAGUCAUUCGAAAUGGACGCAAACACAUGUAAACAAUUUGAACGCCGUCUGUCAACUGGUUCAAGUACUUUCAGCAAUAGUUCAUAUAACCUGAGUCAAAUUACGCGUUUGAGCAGUCCCUCCCGUCGUAGCCAAUCAAUUUGUACAGUUUCCUCAAUAUCAACACCUGACGAACAUCAGCGCCAAUGCAGCAUUUGCCAAUCCUACCGAAAAGUGUUCUCGUAAUAUUCAAAAGUAUCCAAACAACAUUGCCCGUUAUUGGGUAUUGAAUAUAAACAAAAUCAUAUCGAAGAAAUAGAAUUUUUAUUUAGCUUACAUGAAAACUGAAA